CAGAAAUGAUUUGAUAUUGAGAUAAAAACGGCUGCACUGGGCCUUUAAAACAUUUUGUCAUUCACCUAUGUAACUGUGUUAUGAAAUGGCUGCCACAUUAUUAAUAUGCAGCCUAUAUUGAAUCAUGUUUAUUUUGUUUCCAUGAUAGAGUGGGAUAGAUACUGUCAUCGAUAUUGAGAAUGUGGAUGAGUGUCACAAUCCUCUUGUUCCUGGUGAUAUUGAGACACUCGAUGUAAAUCCAGACCUUUUAUUUGUACCCAGUGAUUUACCAGGUGAUGUAGACCUAUAGUCUUUAUGUUAACAUUUUGAGAUGUAAAAGAUACCCCUACUGUUUAUGUUUAGUACCUUAUUGUUGCUUUUGCUGUUAUUAUAACUGCAUGUGAAGGAAAUAGAAUUUUAAAGUGAGAAUCAUUUGAUUAAAUCUGAUGACAGUAAACCAAAUGAGGAUUAUACCAAGGUAUUUGAAGCCCCGUUUUUUGGAGGAUGAAGGGUUUUAUGUCUGUGAGAGGCCCCAAGUGCCGAGGAAGAUGAUAAACAAAAUGGGCAACCGGCUGAUUGAGGAAGAAAAGGUAUUGAUUCAUGUUAUAUCGAUAAUAAGUACAUUCCCGGUACAUAAUCACAAUAUUUUCUAUUUUGUAUUUCAGUAUGUUUAGGGAGUAAAGGUUGACUGAUAUAGGGGUUACAUAAUACAUAUUUGUAAUAAUUUAAUCGCAUCAUAUGAGCAGUCUUUUCAUGGCUCUCUUUAGAAUUCUGGUUAUGAAACAACGUGUUACGCAAUAUCUAAAAUGAGCACAGGAAAGAGGAGUAUUCAUGUUUACAUUCAGAUGUCAUCAAAUGGUGCCUUUUACCAUUCAGGAAAUAUAUGGAAUCGGCUCUAAUGAAACAUUUUAUGCUAUGUACAGUAUACUGCUUAGCUAAAUGACUAAAAUGUAAAAUUGCUGAUAUAAAGGCACAUUACAUUUUAUCUGGUUUUGUCGACAUUUUAUCAGCAAAGUACCACGUUGACCUUUAUUAUGUGUAAGCAAAAGUGAGCGGAGAUGCUGUGCACUUGUUGUCGUUCAGGGACAGUCCUGGUUUGGAGAGAAUGGUUGCAUGAUUGCUAUUCCGGACCCAAUCCAGAAGUAUUGGCAUUGUAAAGUAGAUUUCCCAUUCUCAUGCCAGUCUCCUUGUCUGGCCACGGUGCACAUGAGGGUGAGUCUGUCCUUGAGUCUACUAUGUGUGAUGUAAAAUGUGUAAUGUUGUAAUGUCUUAUGAGUGGAAUGGCUUGUUACAUAUAAAGUCCCUCUUUUCAUUGAUGCAAAACCCAUUUUUAAAGACACUUGACCUAAUCCCACCUGUCAUUAAUACCAUGCUUGAAGCACCUACAGCCAGUCAGUAAUACCAUGUCGUCUUACAGCCUGAUAAACUGCGAAGUGCAGGAUCUGUUGUCUCUAAUGCAGAGGGCAGUGCAGGGCUGUGGCAGCUUGACCUGAACCUAGCCAGGCUGAACUUCACCCAUCAUCCCCUGUUUAGCACAGAGCAUGUGUUGGCUCAGAGACUGUAUGAGCUCUAUGAGCAUUAUGAAACCCGUGAGAUGAAGGGUGCAACUACCUCUCUGCAGGACAAGCUAAGCGGACUGAAGAAGUCAGAAACAGCUUUGACCACCACUGAUGAAACUGCUCCUUGCUCAAAGUUACGGGAUCUGAGACAGGAAAUACGAAAGACCCAUGUAGCACUGAAGAAUGAGAGGCAGGCAGACAUCUCUCUGGUGAGGAACCUUGUUGCUGCUUGGAAGCGAAUCAAAACCCUCAGGGCCAAGAACGGCUAUGUGAACACCACUGUGAAAUUACAGCUGCAUAAAGUGAAGGCAAGGAUCACUGACAGCACGACAAACAGAACUGGGACAGAUGAGCACACGAAAGCAAGUGUCUUCUCUCUUGACAAUCUCUUAACACAACUGUUAUUAAUAAACUAUAGCCGUGCUGUUUGUAGUAACCUUUGUUGCAUUGUUGUUGGUGUAAACAUCCUAUUGCAGACACAUCUCUACACGGAUGGAGACGUAGCGAUCAAGCAGCACUACCUGUGUAGGGAGCUGAAGGAGCAUAACAAAGAGGAUAUAUACAUCCCUCCAGUUCCAGGACAAGAAGAGGAGAUGUCUACUGAUUCUGUCAAGCAGGAGGCAGAUCAGUUCGAUCUAGUUCCUGUUCUUACUAUGUGUGGGGUGGUCACUCCAACCAGUAGCUGUCCACCGUAAGAUUCUCUUCAGAAGCAGAAAGAUUUGAGCUAGUUGUUGUUUAUUCAUUCAUUGGAAAUGUAUGUUUUUAAGACUCUCCAGUUGAGAGUGAACAUGGCACUUACUUUGGCACUGACUGAUAUAUGAUCAUGUAUUUUGAUGUUAGCAAUGUAUUCAAUUUGUUCAUAUUUUAUAGUGAUGAGAAGGUUAGAAGAUAUGAACUGGCCAACCACAAAGUAUCAGUGAACAUAUUCUAUAAUGGAAAGCAUGUGUCUACCUCCGAGCCAUCCAUGUUCGACAACAGUGACUUCGGAGUUCAAAUUCAACAGAUGUUCAACAUGCAGAUAGUACACAGCCCAGAGAACAUUAUGCUUGAGGUAUGUUUCUCUUGCUGUCAAUAAUAUUGGUCAUUCGUUUUUGGCUUUUGAGAGAUGUUAUAUUCUUACAUUGUUCCAGUAGCACUUUAUGUUAAGCUACACUUUAUAAAGGAUUUGUUUAAAUGGCCUUAUAAGUAGUUUAUAAACUGUUAAUUACUUGUUUUGUAAAUUCACAAUUCCAGAUUUGUGAGACAGUGAAACAAAAGAGCACUGUUGUGGCCAAAAUGUAUGUGCCCAUACCAGACAGGAACAUGCUCUCUAGCAACGCUACAAUGGAGAGGUCAGAGUUCAGCAGUGACAGAGCCACCAAGGCCUACUACGCUGGUGUUGGGAGCAGUGAGUAACGUUGUAGCUAUGAUUUGUGAUUGUUUGGAAGAUGUGGUAUUUAGCAUUGGUGAAAUUGCUACAGGGAUGCCCCCCCCCCCCCAUAUACAGUAUGAAU